ACCACUGACUCUAAAAUGACUCAAGACACCAGUUCUAAGUGUGUCCAGAAGCCCAGAGCAGAGUCACCUACAACCAGCCUGCUAUCAAUGAAGAGUGAUCAGCCACCUGCUUUCAGCCAGGAACCAUUACCAGAUGACAAUAAGGAAGUGGAGAGUUUGGACAGUGAGGAUGUAUUAAAUAUCACACACAACCUUCUGGACAGAAGAAGUCAAACUCUGCUGACAGUCCAACAAGACAUCAAGGCUAAACUGAAACACAAGUAUCAACACAUAUCUGAAGGAAUUGGACACCAUGGAAACCAAAGUCUGUUCAAAGACAUCUACACAGAGCUCUACAUCACAGAGGGUGGAAGUGGAGGGCUCAAUAAUGAACAUGAGGUUAGACAGAUAGAGAUGGCAUCCAAGACACAUCCCACACAAGAGACACCAAUCAAAUGCAACGACAUCUUCAAGCCUUUACCUGGACAAGACAAACCUAUCAGAACUGUGCUGACCAAAGGAAUAACUGGUGUUGGAAAAACAGUCUCUGUGCAGAAGGUCGUCCUUGACUGGGCAGAGGGGAAAGCAAAUCAGAACGUUCAUUUCAUGUUUCCUCUUCCUUUCCGUGAUCUGAACCUGAAAAAGGACCAAUACAGUCUGAUGCAACUUCUUUCCCACUACUUCUCAGAGCUGAAAGAGAUUGACAGCAUUGAAGAUGGUGAAACCAACACUGUUUUCAUUUUUGAUGGUCUGGAUGAGUGUCGACUUCCUCUAGACUUCAAAAACAAUGAGAAGUGCUGUGAUGUCACGAAGCCAACCUCAGUGGACGUGCUGCUGACAAACCUCAUCAAGGGGAAUCUGCUUCCCUCUGCUGUCCUCUGGAUAACCUCACGGCAUGCAGCAGCCAAUCAGAUCCCUCCUGAGUGUGUUGACCAGGUGACAGAGGUACGAGGGUUCAAUGAUCCACAGAAGGAGGAGUAUUUCAGGAAGAAAAUCACAGAUCAGAAUCUGGCCAAUGAAAUCAUCAAACACGUGAAGACAUCAAGGAGCCUCCACAUCAUGUGCCACAUGCCAGUCUUCUGUUGGAUAUCAGCCACUGUCCUUGAGAUGAUGCUGAAAGAGGCAGAGAAGGAUGAAGUCCCCAAAACUCUGACCCAGAUGUACUCACACUUCAUGAUCCAAAUCAUUGUGAAGAACAGGAAGUACAACAAAGCCACAGAGACGAACCCAAAGGAACUGUCUCAGUCAGACAAAGAGAUGAUCCUUAAACUGGCAAAGCUGGCUUUCCAACAGCUGCAGAAGGGCAACCUGAUCUUCUAUGAGGAGGACCUGAGAGAGUGUGGCAUUGACGUCACAGAGGCAUCAGAGUACUCAGCAUUGUGUACAGAGAUCUUUAAAGAAGAAUCUGGGCUGUACCAAGACAAGGUCUACAGCUUUGUGCAUCUGAGCAUUCAGGAGUUUCUAGCAGCAGUGCAUGCUUUAGAGUCAUGUCUGGGCAAGAAGGAAAAAGUUUUCUCCCCCAAAGCAGUCACCAGUGAUGAUGUCACAGCAGUCACUAAGGGCCAAGAUUAUUAUGAAAACAGCCGAUUCAAAUUCUGGUCCUACAAGUUGAAGCCUGACAAGUUGACGUCAAUCGAUGAUAAUGAUUACGAUGAUUCCGAUGAAGACAAAAAGGAUGACAAUGAUGAAGAGGAGUCAAUACAGUUGUCUGAUUUACACAGGAGAGCAGUGGACCAGGCCUUGAAGAGUGAGAUUGGACACCUGGACCUGUUCCUCUGCUUCCUUCUGGGUCUCUCACUGGCAUCCAAUCAGAAUCUGUUACGAGGCCUUCUGACACAGACAAAAAGAACAACACAGACCAAUGAGGAAACAGUUGAGAGAACAGCCAGGUACCUUUCAGACAAGAUCAAGGAGGAAUCCUCACCAGAAAGGAUCAUCAACUUGUUCCACUGUCUGAAUGAACUUGGUUCCAACUCUCUAGUUGAAGACAUGCAGACCUCCCUGCGAUCAGGAACUCUUUCAGAAACAAGACUAAAACCUGACCAAUGUUCAGCCCUGGCCUACCUGUUACUGAUGUCAGAGGAGGUGCUGGAGGAGUUUGACCUGAAGACAUACAACACAUCAGAGGAAGGUUAUCAGAGGUUGCUGCCGGUAGUGAAAACCUGCAAGAGAGCACUACUGGAUCGCUGUAAACUCACAUAUAAAUCCUGUGAGACUCUGGCCUCAGCUCUGCAGACACCAAACUCCCCCCUGAGAGAACUGGACCUCAGCUCCAAUGACCUGGGAGACAGAGGAGUGGAGCUGCUCUGUGUUGGACUAACCAGUCCCCUCUGCAACAUACAGACACUAGUUCUUGGUCAGUGUGGUCUGACAGAGGGUUGCUGUUCAGAUCUGGCCUCAGUCCUGAGUUCACCCAACUCACAACUGAACCAACUGGAGCUGAGAGACAAUGACCUGCAGGACUCAGGAGUUACACUGCUGUCUGCUGGACUGGAGGAUCCAGACUGUAAACUACACACACUGGGGUGUACAGCUGUUUCAGUCAGGUGUACUGAGCUAGUUACACUGCUGUCUGCUGGACUGGAGGAUCCAGACUGUAAACUACACACACUGGGGCUGUCUGGCUGUCUGGUCACAGAGGAGGGCUGUGCUGCUCUGUCAUCAGCUCUGAGGUCAAACCCCUCCCACCUGAAAGAGCUGGACCUGAGCUACAAUCACCCAAGAGACUCUGCAGGGGGACUGCUUUCAGCUGCUCUGAUGGAUCCCACAUAUAAACUGAUGAAGCUGAAUGUUGAUCAUGGUGGAGAGUGCAGGCUGAAAUCAGGGCUGAGGAAAUAUGCUUGUCAUCUCACCCUGGACCCAAAUACAGCACACCCAUACCUGAUACUGUCUGAGGGGAACUGUAAAAUGACAUGUGUGGUGGAGGAGCAGCAUUAUGAAGACCAUCCAGACAGAUUUGAUUGUCGUCACCAAGUUCUCUGCAGAGAAGGCUUAUCUGGAGGUCGUUAUUACUGGGAGGUGGAGAGGGAUGGUGACUGGGAUGGUGGCAAGGCUUACAUUGGUGUGGUGUACAAAAGAAUAAAGAGGAAGGGAGAAGAGGAUGACAGUUGGAUUGGACACAAUAAGGAGUCCUGGUGUUUAGUCUGCUCUGACAGUGAUUAUCACUUUUACCAUGCUGGAGUCCAUAGCAGAUCCAUCCCUGGUCCUGGUCCUAGCACAGUUGGUGUGUUUCUGGACUGGUCAGCUGGUACUUUGUCCUUCUAUAGUGUGUCCUCCUCUGGUACACUGACACACCUUCACACAGAACACACCACAUUCACUGAACCCCUCUAUCCUGGGUUUGGGUUUGAGGUUUCCUCCUCUGUGACCCCGUGUCAGAUAAAUGACCAACACAUUCAGAGAGACCAUGGUGGAGAGAGUUGGAUCAAGCCUGGACCUGAGAACACCAGAGACCAUGGUGGAGAGAGUUGGAUCAAGCCUGGACCUGAGGACACCAGAGACCAUGGUGGAGAGAGUUGGAUCAAGCCUGGACCUGAGAACACCAGAGACCAUGGUGGAGAGAGUUGUAUCGAGCCUGGACCUGAGGACACCAGAGACCAUGGUGGAGAGAGUUGUAUCGAGCCUGGACCUGAGGACACCAGAGACCAUGGUGGAGAGAGUUGUAUCAAGCCUGGACCUGAGAACACCAGAGACCAUGGUGGAGAGAGUUGGAUCAAGCCUGGACCUGAGAACACCAGAGACCAUGGUGGAGAGAGUUGUAUCGAGCCUGGACCUGAGAACACCAGAGACCAUGGUGAAGAGUUUUGGAUCAAGCCUGGACCUGAGAAAUGGAUUCCUCAGAGCUGUAAGACUUGUGACCAUGUUGAGGACUCCACACACUGGCUUCAGAUUGAACCCUUGACUUCCACUGUCCAGGGAGUGACAAUGUUCAGACACAGGACACCCAGAGGGAGUUAUGAGUGUACAGUGUCUGGGCUCCGCUGGCUGUGUGAGAGAGAUGUCAUUCUGAAGUAUCACUUCAGGAACUGGGAACCCUACAGUCAACUUCUGAAAGACAUGCAGUACACACAAGGUGGUCCAUUGCUGGACAUCACUAUGGAGUUAGGUGAACUGGAGGAAGUUCAUCUGCCACACUUUGUCUGUUUAGGGACCAACCCUUCCCUGAGGAAUGAGAUGAAGAUUCUUCAUGUAGAGGAACAUGGAGUGUCUUUAGAGGAAGUGCAUGAGGUCACCAGAUUCCAUGCUAAGAUUCUCCAUCCCAAGUUCUCACCUAUCUCUGUUAUAUGGAAAUCACUGUCUCGUAAGAAAGAUGUCCACUGUGACGUGGUCCUCUACAUGGCAGUAAAAAGGUCAACAGUCAUUUCAAGGCUGUACCUGCUCCUCAGAAACUCCAGUCAGAAAGAGGCUGUUCAGGAACGGGAGAAAAACCAGGUGUCCAAAGGAUUUUCAGAAUUCGUCCUGUCAAGUCCAAAUGGGUCCUUAAAGCUGAACAGUUGGUUUGCGUUCAAGAAUCCCCGCUCCACUUCCAUCAAUCCAGAGAAGAUUCAGCUGUUACCUGCAGACACCACACCAAGCUGUUGUCAGAUGAUUAUGGGAAACACAGGGGUGGAUAUUGAGAUGGAGUUAAUCGGGGAUGAUGAGAGGACAGUAUGGAAAUCAGUGGUAUCAAAAGAUGUGUACAGCAACGACUCUCAUCCAACAUCAUUAAUACUCCUUGGGAUUCCUGCUGAGGAGUUUCUUCAGAAACACAGGGCUGAACUCAUUCAGGGAGUCAAAAACACAAAGCCAAUAGCAGAUGUUCUACGGUCAAAGUACAUGAUUGGUGAUGAAGAGUACUCCAGAAUAAAAGCCGAAACAACUGAACAGGAGCGAAUGAGAGAACUACUGAACGCAGUCCUCCCUAAAGGACCAGAAGUGAUGGGAGCUUGUCUCAAAGCUCUCAGUGAACAUGAACACCAUCUUGUUAAGUUCUUGAGUGAAUCGAGGUGAAAAUCAUCACUCCCCAAUCAGUCAACAAUCAAUCAUCAAUCAGAAGACACACCUCCUCCUAUUUCCUGACCUAUCACAGUUCCUUCCCCAUGGUUUAAAAACCCCAUCAUUUGUUUGUUCUAGAGCUCAGCUCAAUCUCUCUGUAAAUGUCAUGUCUGUAGGUCUCUGUGUUUCACUCUCGCUUUGUGUCUUAACCUCUCUUUUGUUUAAGCACCUCAUAGCACUUUGUCAUCACCUGUGAGUAUUGUUUUUGGUUAUGGUGUUUGUGUUUGAUUGCUGGUGGGAAAAGGGGGAAACCAAGACAAGUCGCCCAUGGGCAUACACUACCCGUAGGUGAACUUUGUUAAAUACACUAGUUAGAACUGGGCGGCCCACCCACUGUAUUUUUGGUUAGUUAGUUAGCUGUUGUUAAAGUAGGCUAGUCUAGCUUAGGGGUGUUUUUGAAUACUUAUUGUUUCUUUCCUUGGGUCCAGCUCAGCCCCUUUUCCUGCUCCCCCCAUUACCGUGUGUUUAUAAAUAAACCUAGAGUUUGACG